GAGUUGUGUGUUCACGUGCGCAAUUUUAUUUGUGAUCUUUUGCAGCUUUUUCUCGUCGUGCCCCUCGACGUGUUCAAAACAGCACACACUCCUUCUCCAGGGUGGGAGCUCCUAGUCCUAGUGGUUGGCCCCGUUUUUCCUUACACCAACACUGUUGUUUUCACCAUCACACACACGGUACCCUUUUUGGUUUGACUCGGUUUGAAUUGUCUACGAUUAGAGGGACAUUUCGAUGCGUUUUUGUUUUUCCACUGUAGCGCGCACAGCAGCUUGGGGGAGGUGUCUGUCGUAGGCGUAUUAUUGCAACUGCUACUGGACGGCCACCUUGCGGGGUGAAACAAAACGGGAGCACUACUGUACUUAUCACACACUCCAGCACAAUGCGAAAUGCGACUUGUGGGGGCCCUAUAUCUGUUCCAAAAACGAAACGCGACUGCGAUGUGUGCAGUACUGCUCGCUAUCGCCAUGUAAUUGCGCAAAUGUGUGUGCGUAUGCCUACGUAUAGUGUGUGUUGCGUUGGUGUGUUGAUCGGCCUCCUGUGCUGUCGUAUUUUGACGGAUAGAAGAAAACACGCAAAGAAGAGCACGAAGCACGUUUUGACAGUUCGGCUCCAAACAUCAUUGCUUUUUGUUGUUUUGAUUCGUAAACAAGAUCGAUUCUGGAGCGGCCCAAAUUGAUACGAAGAAAAACGAGGUUUGUUUCACAUCGACUGGGACCACGGGUGCCUGGGUUAGUUGUCGGCGCCAAAGAAAUGAAGGAUUUGCACUGAGCCCUGUUUCUUGGGCAACCAAUGCAACACCCUAGCCGGAAACCGGAUUUGGCAGCUUGGCCGUAAGCUAUCUGUAACAAUUUCAGCUUAUGAACAUAUAUCCGUUAAUGUGGUACUGAAGUGCGAAAGAAAAUUUGUCGUUCGCAAAUCAUGAGCAAGGAGAAGACAUGGAAGGGAUUCGAUCAGCUGCUCGUAUCCCCUUGUGUGCGAUACGGAAGGUCAUCGAACCGAAGUAAUGGCACACGAAGACAACGAAAGUCCCGAUCAAGCAAACAGGACAUCAUUUUACCUUCUCGAGACCAGGACGAUGGAUGGCAAAUAGAUGACCAUUCGGAUGAUGAUACGACAACGGAGAGCAGAGUUGAUGCAAGCGACACAUUAUCUUCAACGAUAACGCCGUCAGUGCCACAAUCGUUAAAUCCGGCGGAGGUUACGAUUGAACGUACAAACCAUUCGGAUUCAGAAAUCGAACACAUCUCUGAGGACGAAUGCCGUCCCCAGCACGAUGAUACCACAUCCGAUUCUUCCGACUCGGACGAUUGUUUGGCAAUAAGCUGUACAAAGAGCAGGAUGACUCGGCUACAGUUCCUUGACAAAACGCCAAUGAAACGACGCAGAAUUACAGACGAUAUGGAUGUUUCGUUCGCUGUCGGUACAAGCAGAGCUAAAAAUCGUCAGCUGGAGGACGUUGCUAGUCCAAAACGCUUCAAGGCCGUCUCUUCGCUUAAUCGAACCAUCCAAGCUACGGGAGCAUUGAAUAACAGCGUAUCGGACAGAUCUACCCGCUGCUGGAAGUCGUUCGACGCCUCGUUUACGGAGCAGGAUGCGAGCUGGAUAGAAGAGUUACCUUCCUCACCUGAAACGACGGAUCACAACGGACAGAUUUCGCAUACGAAACAGCCCAACAUUGAGGAGUUACCAUCUUCGAAUGAAGACAACGUUUCCCGAAACCGAACGUCUUUGGAAAACUCAUCGACCUCUCCACCGAAAUCUUUCUACGUUACAUCGCCCGAAGCUAACAAAAGGAGAAACAAAAAUCACCCCAAAAGUUCGCCGUUGGGCACACUGGAAGUAGCACUGAACGAGAGAAUCUCACGACAACAUCUUUGGCAGCAUGCAGUAACGUCCGGUGCGGUUCAACCUGAUCGCGUCGUUCAGCUACAUUCUAUCGAGCGAAUUUUCGGUCGCGUAAUGAUACGAUUUUUCACCACAACGAACGACGCGGAUGAUUGCGUCCGGGAGCAGAUCGAAAAUGUAGUCUUCCUGGAUCAGGGCGAUAAGCAGCUGAAAUCGCUUCACGCCGGAGUAGAGGUAGCGCUGGAAAUGGACGACCGGAUACCGCCUCAUCGCGUUUCGCACAACAAACUGGUACACCUUGGCGUAACGAAACUGUGUCCUGUGCCUUUUGCCGCCAAAUAAAUCCACACAGGAAAAACUCAUUGCAACUGGU